GAAAAAGGGGCCCGUUAAUUCUACCAAUUCAAGCAUUAUCAUUUGAAUAUGGUUGUUUCCAUUCCCGCGCACCGAAGCAGCAAUUAGGCGCCUCCUUUGAAUUUUCCUGUUCUUCUUCUAAAUCAAUCCUUUGAAGCUGUGGAACUGAAGAAGAAGCGUUCAGUUGAAAGGCUUCAAUCAUUUGCUUCUCUGCGAAAACGAUCGAAGCUUUGAUUCAAGCAAGUUAAUGAUCAUGUGUUAUUGAUCGUCAGAGCUGCUCGAGGAAUCCUCCGUUUAGCUGGAAUUCAGCUCCGGUCAGAGCCUAAACCCUCAUCUCCGCCAGCUUGAAGUAUUGCCAGGAGAAAAGCGUUGCUUGGUAGCUGAGAAACCGAGGUCAUGCAGAGAGUGCAAAUGGAAUCUGUUGACUAUUUCUUUCAUUAUAUUAUGCUCUCUUGUGUGCACAUCAUUAUAUGAGCUUCCCUCAAGAUCGAGUACAGCUUCAACCGCGAACUGGUUUUUCGUGUAUGUUGCGAUGGAAUCCGAAGGACUCUGCUCAUGAGAAAAGGAGUUUGGAUCACUCGAUCAAUGGAUUACGACCAGUCCCAAAGCCAUAUGAGAUCAACCUUGAUACCCUUUUCGCCAGCUCAACCAUCAAAAUGGAAGGACCCGAUUGCUACGGAAUCACGGUCUCUGGAUGCAAUAUCAGGCAAUAAGGUGGUGAAUGAGGUCAAUGUUCAGGUUAUACUUCGCUGCAGGCCGCUGAAUGAAGAUGAGAUGCACGCUGAAACACCAACUGUGAUUCUCUGUGAUGAGAUAAAAGGAGAAGUCUCUGCAGUUCAUCAAACAACAAAUAAGCAGAGAACAUAUUCCUUUGACGGGGUGUUUGGUCCGACAGCCCAGCAAAAGGAAUUGUUUCAAACUAUUUCUCCCAUUAUAGAGGAAGUGCUUGAAGGCUACAGCUGCACCAUAUUUGCUUAUGGACAGACUGGAACUGGAAAAACAUACACAAUGGAAGGACAAAAAAUGGGAAAGAGUUGGGAGUUACCUAGUGAUGCUGGAAUUAUUCCGCGGGCUGUACAGCAAAUUUUCCAUGUUCUAAAAUCUAAGGAUGCUGAGUAUAGCAUGAAAGUAACAUACCUGGAGAUCUACAAUGAAGAAAUUGUGGAUCUCUUGUGCCCAAAUGAAAAUUUGGAUUUUGCGGUCAAUGAAGCAAAAAGAUCCAUAAUCCUAAUGGAAGAUAGUGGAGGGGCUACUUUUCUGAGGGGUUUGAAGCAGGCGCUGAUACACAGUGCAGAUGAAAUCUAUGAGCUUUUCGAAAAGGGUUCUGUGAAAAGGCGCACUGCAGAAACUCUUCUAAAUAAGCAAAGCAGUCGCUCCCAUUCAAUAUUUUCCGUGACAGUUCAUGUUAAAGAUUGUACACCAGAGGGCGAAGAUCUGACAAAAUGUGGAAAACUGAAUCUCGUCGAUCUUGCAGGUUCAGAGAAUAUAAUACGGUCUGGAGCAAGAGAGCUGAGAGCAAGGGAAGCAGGAGAGAUCAAUAAAAGCUUGCUCACUCUAGGCCGUGUCAUUAAUGCCCUGGCUGAGCACUCUGGACAUAUUCCAUACAGAGAUAGCAAGUUAACUAGAUUAUUGAAAGAUUCACUGGGGGGAACAGCAAAGACAUGCAUAAUUGCUACCAUAUCACCAUCCAUCCACUGUUUGGAUGAGACACUCAGCACUCUAGAUUAUGCUUCUCGUGCCAAAACCAUCAAGAACAGACCCAAGGUUAAUCACAGGGCAAUAAAAUCUGAGCUAAUCAAAGAUUUGUAUGCAGAGAUAGGUUGCCUUAGAAAAGAGGUAAAUGCUUUGAGGGAAAAGAACAGUGCGUACAGGUCCCAAGAUCACUACCAAAAUCAGGAAAAUCAGAUGAAGGAAGUACCUUACCAUAACAAGGCAAUAGAUCAAGGUGACCAUAGUUCUGUUCUCCUAAAAGACAAAUACAAGGAAAAUGCAAAAAACAAAGAGAAGGAUGCCUUGAUACGUGAUCUUCGCAGCUCCGAGAAGGCACUCACGGAACAGAUCCUGAAACUGCAAAAGGAGUUGGAAAAUGCUGCAUCGGAUGUAUCAAGCUUGUCAGCAAAGGCUGAAAUCCACGACAGAUUGCUUGAUGAAAACAAGACUCGUUUCCAGAACUUUCAUGUUCAACUAUCUUUGAAGCUCGAGUAUUUGCAUAAAGCUGUUGCUGCUUCUGCAGAACAGCAGCAACAGCAGAUGAAACUAUUGGAUGUAAAAAUGCAAUCACUUAUGUCUCGAAGAAAUGAGGUUUCAGAAGAACUUGCAUUGCAGCUCAGAAAAAUCCAAGAUCUAUACUGCUACCAUAUCAAAUAUAUCGGUGAAAUAGCUGGAGAGAUUGACAGAAAUUUCCAAUCUACUUGUCAUAAAAUGACUUCUGAAGUCUCAAGAGGGUUUUCUUCCUUUGGAGAUAUUUUCAAAGAAAAGCUUUGGGAGGGAAUUUCUGCGAUUCAUGAACUAAAGGACAUCAUUUACAGUCAAGAGGAUAAGCUCACCACAUUUGUCCAAGAGCAGGGAGAGGUUCAUUUGAGAGCUCUGGAACUGUCAAAAACGAGCACUAAAGCUACUUUGACAUUCUUUGAAAAUCUAAGAAUGCAUCUAUCAAAUAUGAGCAAAAUAGAGGAAUAUUUACAAUCAGCCAUUGCGGAGAAAUUACGUGAACUGGAGAUGAAGUUUGAGGAUUUUGCAGUUAAGGAAAGGUUGCAGCUCAUUGAAAGAGUGGGAGAGCUUCUGGAAAGCUCAGAUAAUAGAAAGAAAAAUAUGGUUCAAGAAGCGGUAAAAUGCUUGUCGGAGAGAACAGCAAGUAGAGCUGGAAAGAUACAACAGGAAAUGUCACAGAUGCAUGAUCUUACGUCCGAUGCUAAGAAGGAAUGGACAGCUUAUGUUGAAAAGAUGGAGACAACAUAUCGAGACAACACUUCCACCUUACAAAUUGAUAGCAAUAUGAAAGAAAGUAGUAGACACUGUAUUGGAAAAGCAGAGUUGGUCGCAGAACAAUUGGAGAACAUAUCCAAGUCAGCUUCUGGUCUGGAGGACAGUGCCGGUUCCAUGACAUCGAUCAUUGAGAACGGAAUCAAAGCCAAUGAAACAAUCAGCAGCAGAUUGGCUUCAGCUAUAUUAUCCGGUCUCAAGGACGCAAAUCUGGCACCACACCCUGUUUCCACCCCAGAGAAUUCAUCCCAAGCCGGUUGGGACUCACUUGCCAGUGUCUGUUCAAUUAUUGAUUCUUCGUGUCAAGACAUGGGAGAAAUGGAAACUUUCCAUAAGCAGAUCACCAGAAAUGCAAAGAGUUGUUUGCUUGAUGAGUACGAGGUAGACGUACCAAGUUAGGCAACGGAGAACACAUUAAUUCCGUCUCCAAGCAUAAGUUGGCACCCCGGGUUUCAUAUGAUCAGCAACAGCUAUAUCAGCAGAGCGAAAUGUUGGCCUACCGAAGGACAGCUCCUCGAACUUCUCGUGUUGAGGAAUCAAUAACAUCAUCUGAAUGUAUGAAAUGUCUGCCAAACGAAUUGCCAACAUUCGCAACAGUCGGACCAUACAACUGUAAAAUCUUCAUUUUGACAUCAUUCAGUACAAAGAUGUUACAGCUCA